AUGUGGCAGCGGUCGGUGUGUGUGGGCCUGCUGGCCCUGGCGCUGGGCUACCUGUGCGUGCUGGGCCCCGAGCUGCCCCCCGCGGCCCUGCGGCAGCUCUCGGCCUCGCUGCUGGGGACGCUGCGCCGCGCCCGCUCGCUGGAGGCGCGCACGGUGGCGGCCUGGCAGGCGGCCAUUGUCCGGCCCGCGCGCGGCUGGGCGCGCGUCGCCGUCGGUGUCAACGCCUGCGUGGACGUGGUUCUGUCUGGGGUGAAGCUGCUGGAGGCGCUGGGCUUGGAGCCCAGCGAUGGGAAGAACCACGCAGUCCUGAACUCCAGGCAGGACCUGAGGGAGGCUUUUUCCCACUUCAUGGAGAGAGGGGCGGCCGCUGAGCGAUUCUUCAGCGAUGCUGAGGCGUUCCAGGCCAUUGCACGGGCGGCCUCGGAGCACCCCGCGGCACAGCUUUAUGUGGGAGGAAAUGCUGCUCUCAUCGGGCAGAAGCUCGCAACAAAUCCAGACCUGAAGAUCCUCCUUUGUGGCCCAGUUGGUCCCAAACUCCAUGAACUGCUCGAUGACAAUGUGGUUGUGCCACCUGAAUCCAUGCAGGAAAGAGAUGAAUUCCAUCUUAUCUUGGAAUAUCAAGCAGGUGAGCAGUGGGGCCGAGUGAGAGCACCCACUGCCAACCGCUUCAUCUUCUCCCAUGACCUGUCCAACGGUGCCCUGAACAUGCUGGAAGUGUUUGUGUCCAGCCUGGAUGAAUUCCAGCCAGACCUGGUGGUGCUUUCAGGACUUCACAUGAUGGAAGGGCAGAGCAAGGAGAUGAGACACAGACGACUCAUGGAGGCUGUGGCCUCCAUCUCUGAUAUCCCAACUGACAUUCCCAUACACCUGGAGCUGGCCAGUAUGACUGAUCAGGAUUUUAUGAGCAACAUAAUGCAUCAGCAGGUCUUUCCCCUGGUGAACUCCAUCGGGCUGAACGAGCAGGAGCUGCUGUUCCUCACGCAGUCUGCCUCUGGUCCGCACGCCUCCCUGGCCUCCUGGAGCGGCAUUCCCGAUGUGGGGAUGGUCAGCGACAUCCUCUUCUGGAUCCUGAAGGAGCACGGCAAGGCGGCCGAGCGGGCCUCGGACCUGACGCGGAUCCACUUCCACACGCUGGCCUACCACAUCCUGGUCACCGUGGACGGCCACUGGGGCAACCAGGCGGCGGCGGUGGCGGCCGGGGCCAGGGCCGCCGGCACCCAGGCCUGUGCCACCGACACCAUCGACACCAGCAAAGUCUUCCUCAAAGCUCCUCUGGAGUUCGUCACCUCCCACACGGAGGCGCCAUCCAAAAUCUCCCUCGAUCCAGACAAGCCCGUGGUGCACUGGCACAGGGAAGGCAUCUCCUUCCACUUCACCCCCGUGCUGGUGUGCAAGGAUCCCGUGCGGACCGUGGGACUCGGGGAUGCCAUUUCAGCCGAGGGACUGCUCUAUUCCGAAGUGUAUCCUCACUAGAAUACCAGGACUCUCCUUCUCCAACGCUGCACGGCGUCUGAGACCCGUGGAUUGGGAUUUGAAGCAGUGGUGGUAUAGGAACAGAACCAGGGUGUGCUGUGUUUUCUGGGUAUAACUGAAAAAGAGCCAAAGAAUAAUUCCAGGUAUAAACUGUCGGGUACAUUCCAGUCACUCAGCAGUGACUCAGGCACUUCACGUGCAGGUCAGGUGCAGAUGUUUUAAUCUUUAAUGUGAAAAUUGGCUUUGUCUUAAGGAGGAGGAACGCAAAAACUAAAAUCCCUGGCUGGCAAGGAUUGCUGUUCGUAGCUCAGAGUGGAUCUUUUCUGGCAGUGCUGCAAAGUGCAGCAGCAGGAGAAUUUCCUGCCCCUGAAUCCCAGGGAGAGCACAGGAGUGCCCAGCCCUGCCUUGCCUCUGGUAAAUUCAAAAUAAAAAGCGUGUGGGUUAUCUCCUCCCAGCACACUGCAAACCUUGCCUGGGGUGAGAAUGGAAUUACUGCCUGGUGCAAUCACCCCUCUGUGUGUCCAGCCCCAGAGGGAACCAUGGUCCCAAAAUGUGACAUAGACUGAACCUACUCCAGGCUGCACAGGUGAUUCUGGAUAUCUGUGACUAAGGGUGUUCAACUGAGCCCCAGCAGCCUGUGCUUAGUUUUUUGGAAACAAGGAGUGAAGAUAAUCAGGGUUUCUGUUUGGGAGACAGUUCUGUUUCCCUGCCAGGGAACCCCAAAUCAUUCCCUAUGUUUGCUGUACACUAAAUAGUCUGCUAAUGGUGUGUUACAGGAAAGCUCUUGUUGCUGGAGACUCAUUCUUGGUUGUUUGAGAAUGGUUGUGCCAGAUUCUUCAGUCUCCCUGCCCUCUAUUAGGAAAGGUUAAUAUAUUAGGGAAGGUCCCUCUGGAAGCUCAAAAGCUGCAACAGCGUUAUCCAGGUAAGACUGAAGAGGCCUUUUUAGGGUUUGAUGUUGGGGUUUUUUUGACUAGGUCACUGAUAGUUGCUUUGCUCUGGCCUUUGAAAUUAAAAAAGCAGAACCAUGUGUCCUUGUUAAAUACUUUGCUUCUAUUUUUUUACCUUUUCACAGUCACACACUAAGAAUUGUAGAGCACCAGCAUGGUUUUGUCUCUGGCCACUUCAGGAAGCUGGAGUGUAUUUGCACAGCUGUCAAGCCAGUUUUCAGUGGAACUGGGUUAAGUGCAAUCAGCAUGUCUGGGCAAGCCUGUGCCUUAGCAGAGCUUGGCAGAGGUUGUUCCAGGUCAGUCUGCACCUGAAUGGAGGGAGGAGUCUGUGUCACUCAGGGUGGAGUGAUCUGUUGCUCUAACACUGUCAGGCUGCUGUCAGUGGUGUUCUCUGUUGGGAAAUGCCAUCCUGGCUGCUCUGCAAGGAUGAAAGCUGGCAGCUGUUGUACUUGCACUGACUCAGCACACAAUGCUGUCAUGUGUAUUCAGCAUUCCCCCGAGCAAAGUCUUCUGUCUUGUACAGAGCAGAAGUACAGUCAGGGCUGUGUUUUCCUGCAGCUCAGCCCACCCUGAGCUUCCCUUGAGUGUCAGCAUUUUAUCCAGGUGCAGGAUUUUCUUAAGACUGAAGACAUUCUACCCAGAUUAUUUUUUUAUGAUGAUUAUUAUUACUGCUAUUACUAUUAUCGUUGACAAACUGUAGCACAGGACUUGGAGUUCUGGUUUAGUCUUCCUAAACUGAAAAUAAAUGAAAAGAGCCUCUCCUUUAGGCUCACUUAGAGGUC